AUCGGCGUCGGCCACGGCGCCAGGUGCGGACACGGGGACGCAGGGUCUCUGGCGGCACCUGAGCCUUCCCUUGCCAAAUGUGAGUGGCAGAAGAAACUGACCCCCGAGCAGUUCCACGUCACCAGAGAAAAAGGAACGGAACCGCCAUUCAGCGGGAUCCACCUCAACAACAAGGAGCCGGGGAUGUAUCACUGUGUGUGCUGUGACGGCCCACUCUUCAGUUCUGAGAAGAAGUACUGGUCUGGCACGGGGUGGCCUUCCUUCUCGGAGGCACACGGCACAGCUGGCGCCGAUGAAAGCAACACCGGGAUCCUGAGACGUCUGGACACCUCGUUAGGAGCGGCUCGCACAGAGGUGGUCUGCAAGCAGUGCGAAGCUCAUCUGGGCCAUGUGUUUCCUGAUGGACCCGGGCCUAACGGUCAGAGGUUUUGCAUCAACAGUGUGGCUCUGAAGUUUAAACCAAGCAAACACUGACUAUCUCAAGAGGCCUAUCCACUUGCCAUUACUGCAGUUCCAUCCUCAAUAUGUGCAUAAGAAUAAUUUUAUUGUAGUUACACCGAAGCAAGGCUAAGCUCGCUACUGGCACCAAGAGAAUCACAGCCUAUCUUAAUAUUUGUUAGCUUGUUGAAUCAAGCUAACCCCGACUCCUGUUUGGGUGAGCAGUUUCAAGAAGCGGCAGAGGGGAGUUGGUGGCUUCUGUAGGCUUUACCCAAUACCACAGUACAUGACUCCUGGGGGACAGAGAGGGCCAACAGACUAGUAAGCCAGAAAGUUACCACAAAAUAUUCCUGAAGUUCCAUUUAAAAUCUUCAUGGACAUAUCUGCACGUGGGAUCAAGUAGAGAGAUGUAGGAGACUCAAUAUGGGAUCGGGGUCAUCAGUAAUCUUAGCUUUGACAGAGAAGCCAAAGAGUGGGAGAUGUGUUUUGGGAGUCACAUGUGAUUGGUAGGAUGCAGAACUUGGAAAAUUGAGGCUGUUUUGAACAUUCUAGCUCCUUUCUAUCGACCCACAUAUAAACCCCAAUGAAAAGUGAUAGUCACCCUUGUUCCUUCUGGAUAUAAACUUAGAAAUGUUCAAAUAAAGUGUUUACCAGAAUUUA